AUGGCGAAGAAACAGCGCGAGGCGAAGGGAAGCGCCGCGGGCGCGGGCGCGGGCGCGUCCUCGGGAAGUAAACCGAGGCACUCGAUGAGCACGACGGGACGGACGAACGCGAUGAAACCGAACGAGCGCUCGGCGGCGACGGUGCGGCGGUUGGCCAUGUAUAAGCAACGCGCGGUGAGAGAUAAAAAGGGAAAAAUUCUCAAGCAAGACUUGCAGAGUAAGGAACUGCCGUCGACGCGGAUCAUCCCGGACAGGCGAUGGUUCGGGAACACGCGGGUGAUUGGUCAAAAGCAGCUGGAGGAGUUUCGGGAGGAGAUGGCGACGAAGAGCCGGGAUGGGUACACGGUGCUCAUCAAACAGAAGAACCUGCCGCUGUCGCUACUGAAGGACGAGGAGCGAGGUCGGGCGAGGCGAGUGAAUUUAUUGAGUCAGAGCUCGUUUGCGGAGACGUUCGGGGCGAAUAAGAAGAGGAAGAAGCCCAAGCUCGCGCUCGAUAACCUCGAGGCGAUGGCGAGCAAGGCGUCGAAGAUGGGAGACAUUUACUCGGAGGGCGUGGAGACUGGAGCCAUCACCGACAGAGAUUUGGUGCGCGAGGAUGACGGUGUCCGUGCGGAGGCCAAGCAGGCGAUGUUCGAGAAGGGACAGUCGAAGCGCAUUUGGGGGGAACUGUACAAGGUUGUGGAUUCGUCCGACGUCAUCAUUCAGGUGCUGGACGUCCGCGAUCCCAUGGGAACGAGAUGCUAUCAUCUUGAGCAGCACCUAAAGAAGGACGCAAUGAAGAGGCACAAGCACAUGAUUCUGCUCCUCAAUAAGGUCGACUUGGUUCCCGCUUGGGUAACGAAGCGUUGGCUUCACACUUUGUCUCGCGAGUUCCCCACAAUCGCGUUCCACGCGUCGGUGAGUAAUCCGUUUGGGAAGGGAGCGGUGCUUUCUCUCCUUCGCCAGUUUAGCCGCCUACGAAUGGACAAGCAGAACGUCUCCGUCGGUUUCGUGGGAUAUCCAAACGUCGGCAAGUCCUCGGUCAUCAACGCACUUCGUCAAAAGCGAGUGUGCGUCGCCGCACCGAUCCCGGGGGAGACGAAGGUGUGGCAAUACGUCAACCUUACAAAGAGAAUUUUUCUCAUCGAUUGUCCGGGCGUUGUUUACCAAGACACCCAGGACACUGACACGGACGCCGUGCUGAAGGGCGUGGUUCGUAUCUCUAAUCUCGAAGACGCCGCGGAACACAUACCAGACGUCGUGGCGCGCGUAAAGGCUGAGUACCUGAGACGCGCAUACAAGGUGCCGAGUUGGACCGAUCCAGAGGACUUCCUUCGUCAAGUCGCCCGGAUGAGUGGUAAACUGCUGAAGGGCGGCGAUGAAGACAUCAACUCGGUGGCCAAGAGUAUUUUGCAAGACUGGCAGCGCGGUCGCAUCCCUUGGUUCACGCCCCCGCCGUCUCUUCCAGAUGGACCGUCACAAACGAUCGUAAAUGUGGGAGAAAACGCUUCCACCAUUGAAAAGGAAGCGGCGCAAGGUUUUGCCUCCGCCGCCGCGGAAGUGACGAUGAAGCAAGUGCAUCGACGCAUGCCGCAAUCGCACGGGUUGUUUGACGACGAAGACAGGCACGACCAGGAGUACGCAACGGAGGAUGAAGACGAGCCCGCGUCUGAGGACGAAGGCGAUGAAGACGACGGCGACGAAGACGGAAAGGGCACGAAGCGCAGGCGCGGCGAUAAAUCGGACGAUGAAGAAUUCGAAGAUGAAGACGAGGAGGAGGAGCGCGCCGCGCCGCACGGAGAAGUAUCAGAGAGCGAGGAAGUUGACAUUCACGAGGAAGGAGCGGACGGCAAUGUCGACGCCGAGACGCUCAAAAAGUUUGCGUCGGACGACGAAGACGACGGUGCCUCCGACGAAGACGAUAGCGACAGCGAUAGCGAUGGUUACGGCCCGGGAGGUCUCUCCUUCGAUCAAGUUCUAGCCGAGAUGAAGGGUGAGGUGACUGAAAAACCGUCGGGCGUCACCGGCGCGAAGAAGAAGCGACCCGCGAGCAAAAAGAGCGCCGACACCUUCGGUGCCUCCGGAUCGGGUCCGCGGAAGAAGGAGAAGACCAUAACGUUCUCAACAACCGCGACGGCAACGAAGAAGAAGAAGCCGCGUCGUUAA